AUGAGAAAGAACAGAACUUCAUUGUCUAGUGGCAAGUCUAACAAAAGUUGCAAGGGCAUCAAACGCAAAGAAAAAGAGGACGACAAGCCAGCAUCAUCUGCUGCUGGAAAACCGACACCAAUACAACGAGUGUGUGCAGGGGGACGAGAGUUUGAACUUUCUGAUUCUCCACUGUUCACACUCAUCAAAGCAGCAGCUACAGUCAACCCUAAGCAGUUUUCUCUACCUUUUGAGAUGACAUUGCCUGUCUGCUUUCCUGGUGAACCCAAAAGUAUGUCUGCACCUUUAUUUGUCAUGUUGCAGCAAUGCGUGCCACUAGCAGUGAAAGAGCAAUACUCAGAACCACCAGAUUUGCUUCUCCACCAUGGUCCACCCCAACAUCUUCUUCCUUCUGUUACUGAGCAUGAGACAGAGGCUUCCACUGCUACUACUGUACCUACCACCACUGCCAAUAGAAUAGCUACCACUUCAGUAACAUCAUGUGGUACGACUGUAUCACCUUGGUUAUAUCAACAAAACUGGCGAGGAGUUGAAGUGAAGGAAGAGCCCGUUGAAAAUUCAGAAAUACUUCAGGAUAGGCAGGAGGGAUCACAAAAAGAUGCUAGAGUUGAAGACAAGAGAAAUGAAACAGAAAGAAAAAAGCCAACAAAAGAGGAAAUGGAUGAGUGGUUGGCAGGACUGUUAUGUUUACAAGCUAGCAUUAUUAAACAUAUGGCAAAUAAUACUGCAAGUGGCCUAAAUAAAACACCAGAAAAACAGAGAGCAAUGAAUGGGCCUACUUGUAUAGGCAGCACUCUGGAUGCCUCUCCACCUUUAGAACGACCAGGAUGUAUGAAUGGAGACUUAACUUCUCAUGACAUCAGCAGUAAACAUAGUAGAUUUGCAGACCCACGAAGACACCAACCAAUUAUGAACAGUAAUUUUCAGCCUCCGCCAACAUAUCUACCAGCUAAAAAGGGCAUAUUAAAAAACCAAAAAGGAAAGGGUGUUAAUAAUUCUGGAACUAAGGCCUCCAAACAUAAAAAGCAAACUGCAUCUGAAAUAUUGUCUGAAACAUUGACAUCCUUAGCUUCCUCCCUUCAAAGUUCUAUCACAGGAAAACAAGAGGUAUCACUGAGUCAGUUGGAGCGUUCAGUAGUUGAUGUUUUGGCAUGGCAACGCUUGGAGGAGUUGUUGUGUCCGCCAAGUCCAGCAUCUGCACCUCUUGUCAUUCAGCCUCUUCCAGCCCGUGCUUUGCUCUGUCCUCUUGUUCCAGACUCUCACCUUCAAGACUGGGCAGUGAAGUCUCCCACACCGUCCUACAGUUCUCAACCAGUGGCUAUGACCUACAGAAUAAUUCGUAUUGGGAAAGGGAGCCACAACCAUGUUGACCUAUGUCGUUAUGGUCAUUGUAAUUACAUAUCCCAAGAGCAUGCUGCAAUAUUUUUUGAUGAGAAUACUGGGCACUAUGAGCUCCUUAAUUAUAGUCCUCAUGGCACCAGAGUUGAUAGUGUGCUAUAUCGAUACGAUCACAGUGAGAAGACUGUGAAUCAUGCACCUCCACCUCCACUUCUCCAACAAGUCCGAGCCAUUAUUAACCAAAGAAGAGGCCACCUUCCAGACAGACCUAUAGGAGAAGCCAUGACAGAUACUCCAGGACAAACAUUAACUCGGUGUAACUGUAAACUUGGGAAACGGAAGAUGUGUGGCACAUCCAAGGUCACAUCAUCAGUCACCCAUGGUAGUGGAGGUUGGGAGGGGGGUGCUGUCCUCCACCAUGGGUCACAUCUUAAGUUUGGAUGCCUGCAGUUUGUGUUCAGCAUUGUAGAAGAGGCCAGUAAAGCAGACUGGGUAGAAACAACUCUUAGUACAUACCUGAAGUUUUUCAAACAAGAGGAAGAGGAUCAAGAGAAGGAAGAGGCAGCAACAAAGAUAAAGGAAGAAAUAGAUGAUGACGACGAUGACGAUGAUGAUGAUGAUGAUGAAGAGGAGGAGACAACAAGAAAAGAGGAAAAUAACUCAAAGUCAUGAGAUAUAAUUUUUAAUAAUUGAUGUACGUAUUUAUACAUGCUUCUUAGACUUUAUAGUUUCAGUGAAUUUUUUUCACCAGGAGUGUUUAUGAAUAAGUGUGUUGAGUAAAUAAUAUUAGAAAGAUAUAAGAUUGUCUUUAGGUAAAUUAAAACAAAAAUAGAAAGAUUAUUUAAUAACUAAAAUACUUUUGAGUCCUUUAUGGACUUGUGUGUUAAUUUUUGAAAAAUAUUGUAUAUGAAGACAAUUUAUUCAAUCUUAGUGUAUUAUAAAGAAAGAUAAAGCUAUUAUUUUAUGACUUAUGACAACAGAAGGGUGAUAAAUAUUCUGAUGGGCGUUUGUGAAUUUUGUAAACAGAAUCUCUAAGAUUAAAGGUGUUCACAAAUAUUUGAACAGGUGUAUAGAAUGAGAGUUUUCACAUGGUACCCACAAUACAAGAGUUUCCCCCUAUAUUGUUUAUCCUUAACUCGAUGAUCAGCGGCAGCUCUGUGCACCAGCUCGGCACCUUGGGUGUUAGACUUGCCCUAUCCAGAUAAUCAUCAUGUAUGAAUGGCUGGAAGGUAUAUGCACAAAUACAAAGUAGCAAAGUAGCCAAAAUAUAAAGGUUUUUAAACUAGUUGAUACGAUGUGCUGCCUACUGUUGGUACUCUGGAAGUGUUUUGCCAUUUCUUACUACUGAUCAUCAGACUUUUCAUCUGAUGGUUGCUUUAUCAGCAUUUUGUUAUAUGCAUAUUUGUAAUUUUAUCCAGGUUCUUAAAAAAUAUAUUGGUACAUGGUUGUAGCUUAUAUUUUCUGUACCAAAAAAAGCCACUGUGUUACCUAAAGCUCUCAAUAUUGAACAAUCUAUAUGUAUUUUUAGUGCUAAUAUAUUAUGUAAAUGGUAAUGUACAUAUUAAACUUUAAUUCAUGUCCUUAUACAUUAAAAAUUAUUGUACAUAAUGUACAGAUUUAAUGAUGUUAUUUUAUAUUCAUAAAGUACACAUUACUUCAGUAUCCUGUCUUCAUACCUAUGACUGAAGAGUGUUGCCAGACCAUUGCCAAUAUACUGUAUUCUUUAUCUCAAGUCAGUGUGUUGUUUACUCAAGUUAUUUUACGGGUGUCUGUGGAAUGGAAGUUUAUGGAUUUACACAAACUUGAACACUAACAUACAUACAUUUACUGUAACUACACAAUUACAUUAAUAAUUAUGCAGGAGUAGAAUUUUCUUUGAGAAAUUUCAAAUAUGCAGUACAUACAGUAAUAUGUUUAACAAAGUUCAAAGAAUUUUUUAACCCUGUUUGAUUUCAUGCAUAAGAUUAAUUGUUGAGUAAAUAUAACUGCUGCUCUAUCGACUUGCAUAUAUGUUAGUGAAUGAAUGACCAUUACAAUACUCUUCACAUUUAUCAAGCUGAAUUCUGUAUGUCGGUGAUGGUCACAGUGCAUCGUACCUGAUAUUUGCAUGUCAUGGUCUUUUCUCAGCUCAAGCAUUUUCUUAAAUUUCCUCAACUACUUUAUUUCAUUUUCAUUGAAAAUUUAAACAGCCUGAGAAUUUUUUAUUUUUCAGGGGGGGGGGGAAACAGGUCAUGCAGUGGUUUUUCAUUUUCUAUACAAAGCCAAUGAAAUUAAAAUUAAACAAAGUAUAUUACAUAUAUGAAUACAUGAAAUAUCUAUGCAUGUAUCUCAAGUUUCAUUUAUAACUGAUGGCAGAUUUGGUUUAAUCAAAAUAUUUUAUAUGUAUAUUUGCUUUUCAAUGAAAAAAACUCCUUUCUGAAGAUAAGGUUAAAUUUGAAAGGCUUUAUCAAUAAUACACAAACCUUUCUCAGAAAAGUACAAAAAUUUAUUCAAAGUAGGUGACAAAAGAUAUACAGUACUCAGAAUUAGAUUUGAAACUGUUCUAGGUAUGAAAGAAAAGAAUUCAAUUAAUUUGUAUACUGUACCUUAUAAUGAUAGUUUUCAAAUUCAGUAGGUCAACACAAAACAUAAUAAUCUAAGCAAGAGGUCUUCAGAUUGAUGGGCAUAUUAAGUACAUAAUUUUCUGUGCACUCACAGUAAGAUGGUAUCUAACAAAAUUUUGAGCAAUUACUUUAAUUUUGGCUUUGUGUGGGGCAGUUAAGGCCUAUGAAAAUAAGACUUGUUUAGAAACUUUCUCAAUUACAGCACAUAGUCAAGUUUUGUAAGCCCCUUGGAAUUUUUUUUUUUACCUAGCCAACAAAAUUUAAAUCCACAUUAUCUAUGGAGUUAAGCAUGCUUAUAUCACCAGGUUAAUUAGGCCUACAGCUGAUCCAUAAUUAUACAACACGUCAAGUCACAAUGUGAUGUUGACGUUAAACAAAAUUUUAGUAUCCAUUCUGUGAUAGCAUACAUAUUCACUGCUGAUGGAUUUGGGCUUAGUACUUCUCAAAACUCAACUUUCAAAGUUUCAUUACUUAUUUCUUCGUGAUCAUGUACAGUCAGAUAAUGUUUGUAUAGUUAUGUGCAAAAAAAUUGCAUUGUUUAUCUGUCACUUAAGAGAAUGUUUUUAUAUAAAAAGAUUGAGACUGCAAUGGCAAAUAUAACUUCUCAGCCACUAAAUGACCCAGUCAGUAUAUUUUUUCAUUCAUUUUACUCUGUUAUGACUAUUAUCUUCACUUUCUCUAUAAAUAAUAUAAAACUUUAAUGUAUAAAUAUAUAAAUUUUUAAGAAAUUUGCAUAGAUUUUAUAAAUAUAAAAGUUUAUAGUUGUUUAUGCAAUAUUAUUACUGUUGGGUUUUAAGUAUAUCUUAUGAAAUAAAUAAGAAUAAGUUUUUCCAACAUGGCAAGUCCUUUCUGCUGAUUUUAUAGCAAGCAAAAUAAAAAUGUACAUAAGAUUUUAUUAAAAGAUACACGGUAUAACAGUAUUAAAAAAUGUGGAACAUACAUAUGCACAUACUAACUUACUUGAACAGUUUAAUAGGUGGUAUAUCAAGUAAACUUCUUUCAUAAUAUGUCUGUAUUACAGCCUUGUUUAUGAAUCUUCUAUAUUUUGCUCUAAUAUAUUUUUUUGUG